GCUCGUUUCCUCCACUAUGAGGCGACCACUUUCAUGCAGAUACAGAACCUAGGAGAGGUGCUCCUACAGAAUGUCCUGGCUGCUUGCUAUCUAUUUUCUCCUCCUUUUUCCUGGAGCUCCUGUCUCAAAAGCCAGAGAGGAGCUACCUGUUAUCAUUGCUGAGGAAGGGGAGACGACCAAUGUCACCUGCAAGUUUCAGCAUCCAAUCAAUAGGGCCUUGCAGUUGAAUCGAAUCCUUAGGAGGGCCAUGCAAGUGUUACAUGUUUCAGUGUGGGAAAAGAGAAAGACUGAGGCCCCUGAAUAUGCAAAUCGCACCGAAUACUUUGAGAUGGACAACAUGGUGACGAUAAUGCUGCGACAAGUCAAGCAGGAUGAUAGUGAUGUGUAUAUGUGUGAGGGACGUUUUCUAGAAGAGGGGGAGCCCAAGGAUAUAAACAGCAGCAGUAUCAUGUUGGCAGUAAAAGCAGCCUCAGAUAACAAGCUAAGAAACAGUUCAUCAUCUCUCUGGAUGCUGGGCGCCCUGAUCAUCCAGUCGCUUCUCCUGGUUGCUGUGCUGGCAUAUUGUAUCCUGUCCCCUAAAAAUAACAAGAAAUUUUGCAAAAAGAGCAAGGAAAAAGAAGCACAAAAUACGGUCUACGAAGACAUGUCUUGCAGCCUGAGGCAAGAGUCCCUGCCUGGAACAAAUCUGUACUAUACCUAAUCUACAGUUAGUUUUGCUGAAGGCGGCUAAAAUUUGGAUUCACUUAUAUAAUUGUCGAAGUAUCUGCAACUCAUUUUGAAACCCUGUCAAAAUGUGUACAUGGAGUACAGGAUGUUGCAUUUAGCUCAUAUUGUUUGGUUAAAAGUUGGUACUUGAACCCCAAGUUCUGAAUUCAAAUUUGAAUUUUUGAAAAAUGCACAUGUUUCUAAUUGCUUCUGAUGAUGCUUCUAAUUGCCUCUGAGCUCUGAGGUGGCUUGAAUCAUCUCCAUAUGGAAAAGGCUUCAAGAAGCCAUUGCCUCUUUGUACAGUCCACAACACCACUAUAGCCCUAUAUUUUAGCUUCAUGUUUUAACCUAUGAUGUUUCAUGGCAUUGAGGUUUUAAAAUGUAAGAGGAACAGUUAGUUAUAUGAGCAAAACAGUUAACAUAUCCAAACUGUAGCAUUUCCACGAUGAAUUUCACAACUUUUUAUCAGUAGUUGCAACUGAAGGAGGUGCAAAUCUUACUAUUGGAAUGCCACUAGAAGCUAUUAAAGUUGAAUGGCUUACCAAAAAUAUGUCAAAAAGUUGUUAUGUUUAGAAUUUUGCACAUAUGUUUUAGGGGUUAUGGGAGUUAUAAUUUCCUAUGAAAUCAUUUGUGUACUGUCCUGUAAUAAUAGAUAAUGUGGAAGUAAUUGGAAUGGACAGUUAAGUGUGCUUAGACAAUAAUAUAUCUUACAAUAAUUGUACAAUUAUAUACUUGUGACCAGGUGAACAAGCAGGAAAAGGUAUGAAAUUUCAAGAGCUUGGAAAGUUAGAUCUGAAAAUUAUUUUUGUUGUUGUUGAUAAUGGUUAGAAAUAGGAGACUGAUUUUUAAUAUUUAAACCUAAAACCACAUUUAACUCAUGGAAUUCACAUUGUUAAUCCAUUAAUGAAACCAUUAAUUUUGAAAUAAACAAUGGAGUUUA